AUGGACAACACGGAGGUCAGCAACGAAGUGAAGGAGGCGGGUAUCGCUAUGGGUGAUGAGGUUGCCCAUGGCGGCCCGAACGAAGAGGUCGUGGUUCCCCAAACCGAUGCACCUGAACUUCAGGUGCCGGAGGGGAGUAACACUGACCCGAUCGAACCGCCAACCUUGGAAGCUGUGACACCGCAAUCUGCGCCCGAGGAGAUUGACGCCGAUCCGAUAGAACAACCCACCUUGGAAGCUGUGACGCCGCAAUCUGCGCCGGAGGAAAUUGACGCCGAUCCGAUAGAGCAACCCACCUUGGAAGCUGUGACGCCACAAUCUGCGCCGGAGGAAAUUGACGCCGAUCCAAUGGAGCCGACAGCCUCGGAAGUUGUGAUACCGCAGUCUGAGCCGGAGGUGGUGGCUGAGGGAAAAGCCGAUUCGAUUUCUCCGUCAACUAAUCGCACGGGCAUCACUGAAGAUGAUCGUGCAAAACUGCGUGACCUCGUCGACAUGAUUGUAUCAUUUGGCAAGAAAGUUACCGAGUCUCGGGGUGAGGAUGAUGAUGAGGAAGAGGGCGCCGUGCAGGAGGAUGAAGUUCCUUUCGAGCGCAUCACGCAGACGGUGCCCUACAGCAACGUGGUGCAUUUGUUGAACCUCCCUCCUGAAAUCGAUAUGGGGGUGUUGGUCACCACCGUUUGCGACAUGACCGACAUUGUUUUACAUUGCUACGCUUUGAAGGCUACCGAGCUGAAGAUAGUGUUUGUGAACGAGUUGAUCGCGCGCGAUGCACGGAAGCUCCUGGACGCCCGGCGACUCCACAAUCGUGUCAUUCAAGCCGUGCUGUGUAUCCCGGAUGGCAUGGAUCCAUUGCAGCCCCCCCAUGGCACCCUGGCACCUCAUGUCGAUGAUCUUGCAGUGCCCCCAGGCACAUCGAAAAUGAAGCAACCUCUUAAACUACGAGGUGGACCACCCAUGCCACUGGUUCCCCCGGUGUUCAAGAUGCCACCACUACUGCCGAGGUUAGGCCGCUCAGUGCCCCCUGUGAGCCUGUCGCGCCGCGGGCCGCCGCCUCCCAUGCCGCUUCUUCCGCCCGCCAGGUUCCCGGAUGGCCCGGAACGUAUGCUGGUUCCACCCGUAGGCUCAGCGCCGUCAGCUGACCCGCCUUCUAAAAUCGUGUUCGGGCGUAACCUGGAUAAGAUGGAGGGCAUGUCGCUGUUCGACAUGCUUGUUUCACAGCCCCAAGUGUGCAACUGGAGCCCUGAUCAGAGCGUGGAGGAACAGCAGCGGGAUUACGACGAGUUGUAUGCGGAGUUCGGUACAUCUAAUCGUUACCUGUUGUUGGGCAACGUGCCUGAUUCGGCGACGAGGAGUAUCAGAGAAGCGCUGGAGUGGCUGUCGCGGUUCACGUACAGGAAGCCGCAUAUUGAGGUUUGCCGCCUCGAGCAGUAUGCCGCCGAUCUGAGGCUUCCAAGCGACAAGUUCUUGCACCUCACGUUCCAGCGACGCGGGGAUUGCACAGAAUUUUUCUCAGAGGUAACCAACAAGGCCCCGGACGUGGUCUGCCGGUUUGCUUGCCCCCGCACGGCCCUAGACACAAUAUGGGUCGGCAACGUCACCGACAUGCUCUCUUACUGCCGAGACGAAGAAGAUAUGAGGGAACUGUUUGGGCGUCUUGGUGAGGUGAAGGCGUGUACGUUCAACCCUGAAAAGGCCUGCUUCUUCGUAACGUACGUACACGUUGAGGACGCCAUCCGUGCUCGCAACCGCCUGCUCGGGGCGCUGUUCUCUCCGGUGAAGACAUUUGCGUUAAACGUCGACUUCACGCUGGACGUUAACGCCCGAUUCUCGCACCGUGGCAAGCAGCCUUUGCCUAGUCCCCACGGACUACCCGUUGAAGAUUUGUCACAGAAACUUGGCGAACGCCUGUUGACGGCUCUGCAGCGCCGAUCUGACGGUGACGAAGUGAUCCGUCAGCUGUUGGACGGCCGAGAUGGCGACGCCGUGGAUUUGCUGAGGAAGGGCGGCCAUCGAGGAUACCCAGACCGGCCGUACGAUAGCAGGCCGACGCGUUUACCCCCGCCAAGGCAUCCUGCGACUCAUGGUCAGGAACCCUGGGCGAGGACACGCAAGCGCCCAUACCAGUCGCCGGAACGCACACGUGAGCAAUACAAAUAUCGCAAAUCGGGUCCGUCGCCUGGUGAAUAUAGCCCCGUGGAGUACGGGAAUCGGAGUCCUCGUGGUCGUUAUCCCCGUAAUCAGCGGGCGCGAACGCCGGAGGAUCGCAGCGUCGACGACCAUUCAACCGAUGAGCACUCGGAAACCAGCCCUAAUAGGCCAAAGAGUGCCCGAUCACGCGUUUGUGACCUGCUAAAGCGCGGCAAACCGAUUUGCAAGGUGUCUGCGCUCUUUGUGCGCGGCGACUUCUCUCACCGCAUCCCCGAGACCCUGGAUGUGAACCAGCGGGCCAACCCCGAGCGUCUGGCGAACUACCUGCAGAAGAGCCCGGAGCUUUCGCUGUGGCAGAUGGGCGCGGACAGUACGGAGGACCGUGCGCGGUACGACGGCCUAUGCGAUUACCUGCUGUCAAAGAAUCGUGUCGCUAUCGUGCAAGAGGGCCCCUACGAGAUCUAUAUAGUGCCACCCACGGAGGAGUCGGCGCUGGCGCCGCACCUGCCCGACACACAGUUCAUGUACGCGUUUGUGCUGCCUAAAGGCUCAUGA